AUGGCGUCGGCGCGCACGCCGCUCCUCGCCGCGCCGCGCCGCGAUGGCAUCGGCAAGCGCGCGGCGACGGCCCUGGCCGUCGCCGCCGUCGCCGGCCUCGGCCUCGUGGGCAACGGCUACGGCACGGCGCCGCUGCUGGCGCUGGCGCGGCGCGACGCCGUGAACGAGGGCUUCGAGGCGGCGCUCCUGUCGCCCGGCGAGACCGUCGUCGCGCCGCUCGUCGCCGUCGAGACCUGGGCCUGCGGCGGACGCGGCGACGCGGUGCCCGUCGAGGAGCACUACCUCGCGAAGCGCGACGGCGGGCCGUCGCUCAUGAGCGGCCACAUCUUCCUCAAGCAGGCCUACACCUACUGGCGCUACGGCCUCUGCGGCCCCCGCGCGUCGGCGCGCGCCGGGCAAGCCGCCCGGGUCACGAGCUACCGCUACGACGGCCGGCAAGCGCUGCUGUCCGCGCUCGCGGAGGGCAAGCUCGGCGCGGGCGCGGUCGUCUGGGUCACGGUCACCUCCGAGGCCCUGGACACGGACUUCGACGACUUCGACACGCUCCAGCGCGCCUACGGCGUGCCCCGGGCGUCGCUGCAGCGCGGCGUCGUCGGGGACCUGGACGGCGAAUCCGCGACGGCGCUCGACACGAUGUGCGUCUACCAGUACACGCCGGACAUCGUCAAGCGGUCGACGCUGCUCCGGGCCUUGUUCGCCUACGGCAAGCCCCUGGUGCUCGUGCUGGCGGGCGACUCGGCGUGCCGGCUGGAGCUGCCGGCGACGCACCACGCGGUCGUGUUGGCGAACGACGGCGCGCCGACGUCCGCGGACCUGUGGUUCCCCGAGGGCCUCGAGGGUCUGGAGAACCCCGAGGACGCCGCCUUCUGGCAGCCCGCGGCGGCGCGAAACGCGGAGAAGCUCACGUCGGCGACGCCCGCGGGCUUGGACGCGCGGCCCUUCCUCUUCGACGCGGCGAUGAGCGUCAACGGCCGGAAGCCGUCGCGCCAGGCGCUCGUGACCUGGCUGCGGGGCGGCGGCGCGUCCGAGCUCGAGGCGUUGGCGACCAAGGCGGGGCUGGCCGUGCGCUUCAAUUCCACCGUCGUCGACAUGCCGAGGACGUCGCCGACGGGCGCGACGUUCUACGACCCCGCGUUCUCGCGCGAGGACUUUUCGGCCGGUUCGGCGCCGGGCUUUGCCGGCGACGGCGCGUCGGUCUUCGCGCUGGCGCCCGCGGGCGACACCUGGACGUCGGGCCGCGUGCUCGAGGCCCUGCUCACGGGCGCGAUACCGGUGGUCGACGCGACGUACCGAAGCGACGGCGGCGUCAGCGCCAAGGGCUGCGGCGACGCCGCGGCCUUUUGGCAGCGGGGCGUCGACGGCGCGAUCCGCGGCGCGCCCUUCGUCUUCGUGGACGACUGGGCCGACCUGCCGAAGCAGCUGGAGGCCUUCGGGGCGACGGAUUCCGAGAAGCUCCGGGCGAAGCUCGCGGACGUCCAGGCCUACCGCGACGAGCUCGAGGCGUACCUCCGCGGGUCGCUGCUCGGCCUCGCCGCGGACCGGUCCGCGGCGGCGGCGACGACGGCGUGCGCGACGACGCCCCUCGCGCCCGGCGACCGCGACGGCCAGCUCGCCGCCGAGGCCGCCUACUACGGGCGGGACUGGUACGGGUCCUUCGUCGACACCUCCGCGCUCUACACGUCGGGCUGCUCCCAGACGAUGCACACGCAGCCCGGGCCCGACGGGACGCCGGAAGUCAUCGCCCAGAAGUACGCCCACUGCUACGACGCGGCCUGCGCGCCGCCGAGCGUCGCCGCGUUCUCCUGCGCGGAGGUGUAA